AUGCAAACUCUUGGUCGAAGCACACGCAGCAACCUGAAGACUCGGCUGCUGCUAUGUGCAUAUUCGAACAGGCCAGACCGGAGCCCAUUGAGAAGAAAGAUACUCAGGGUAGACUUGCAACUGUAUCCACGCCCGACACACGACAUCAGACGGGCAGACGAAACCGCCCGGGUAGGACAGAGGGUGUUCGAGGGUGCGGCUGGCUGGGGAUCAUGCUGCGAACAUGCAGUUUGGCAGCGGGCGAAGCGACCGUUGGCUGCAUGGGGGGCUGCAGCGCGGUGGAGGUGGACAGGUAGAGCGACCAGGGAUGAUGAGGGUCCACCUGCCAAGACGCUGACGACGGGCGACUGCGUUCCAGGGCGAAACACGCGCUCGCCAGCCCAUUCACUGCACUGCACUGCCCUGCAUCCUCCCUCUCCCCCUCUCAAACAAAGCGCCUCUUCUGCUCACUCAACCACCCCGAGGCCUGAGAGUCCCUCAUUCUUACCACCUCCACCUCCCCGGCCCUAA